AUGCCUAGCAUAUCCUCGUGGGACCACGCGAAAACGUCCGAGUUGGACCUGAGGAAGUUGAUCAGCUCUUCCCUAUCGGUGGCCCCCAGCUUGGUUCCUAUGCUUACUUGUUUUUCAGGGCUAAGCAAAGGAACAAGUUCGAGCUCCUCUGUUGGCGCAGAAGACUCCCUUUUGCCUUCUCUAGGAACAUUCGUUCGUGUCAAGCAAAAAUCGAAUUCGAGGAAGAAGAUCACGUCAACGGUCUACAAACUAUCAAUCAAACCAAUUCUCGAGCUCACUCAAGCCACCUUUGAUACCCUCAAGUACAACAAGGAUCACUUCCCAAGGGGUCGGAAGAUCGGAACCUUGGUGACUGACAAACUGCUCCUUGAGUCUGGGUUGUUAGAUUACAAUCCCUUGGUGCGUCCGGUUGAAGCUUCAAGGCCAAACUCCGAGCUCGCAAUGGUGUGUGGAUUCUCCAGCAGUGUGAAACGGCGCCUCACUGCCGACCUCAAGGUGGAGAAAGAACGCAUCGCCAACGGAGUUCUUCUGGAGGAAGCGUUAAGACAGCACCCUGACUUUGAUGGGUUUGCCAAGGACUUCAGCGAUGCAGGCUUCAAAUUUCUGAUGAAAGGCAUUGCUGCUGACAUGCCCCACCUCCAGAUCGACCUCGGCGAUCUGAAGAAAAGGUAUGCUAAGAAAUGGGCCUCCGGACUUGACGGUACUCCUGGCCCCCAGUCCCUGGUGGACAAGUACGCUAGGGAGCUGGACUUUGACUACUCCGACACAGAGGAUGAAGACGCUCCAAGUCAAGAGCCCGCUGAUGUUGGAACCACGCAAGAGGAAGUCCCCUCACAACAAGGCAGAUCUUAG